CCGCACGAGGGGGCUUAGUGCUCAACUUCGAACAGUAAGAGUCAUGCACAGAAGCAUGCAGGAGAAGAGAAAACCUUCUAAAGUCUCUCGCCUCCCCUGGUCUCUAGGGUCUCCGCGGUCAAGGCAAACCAGGGGCAAUGAAAAUGGGGAUUUACUUGAAAGAUCUUGGUUAAAAAUAAAAUCAAGGACGUCUUGGAAGUCAUGAACAUUUCUGAAAGGUCGCCAAAUUCAGACCUCCCCUACCCUCUCACGCGCAGUGUCAUGGACAAGCGGUCUUGUAUUUUGGUCAAAAGCUGUUGGAACAGCAACACUUGGACAGCUAGGUAAUAAGUAUACAUUUCAUAUAAUCUGUUUCGUCCUCAGUAGUGACCUCAAUGAGAAUGAGUGUGUGCGUUUUCAAAACACGAUCCUGUCCAGAUCAUGAUCUGCUGGUCUUCAACACGGGUGGGAAGUAUUGAACAUUGGACAUUGAAGGGCCGGUCAGUUACUUCACCUGGAAAAUUAACGCAGCACACCACGGUCGUUUUGCAGUGUAUUAUCUGUGUUUAAAUGUGUUAGUCUCCCUGGGACUUAGAUAUCCAGAAAACAGACAGACCUGAGUUUCAUCGACAGGCUUGGUUUGGGCCCGACAUACCCCUGCUUGUUCAACCCUGAACCACGUCGCCGAAUUUUAACACUGUCCGCGGCUUGGGGCGAAACCUUAGGCAAUCCGCAUUCGUUUGAAGAUAUCCGUUCGUUUUGUUUAGUCACAUGACACAACGUCUAGUCUAACAAGAAGUGAGGAGGAUAGGAGAGGCGCAUAGAUGACUUCCUCGCGUAUGGCUCCCUUGCAGCGCGCGGUGUACUGGCGGCUUUCUCUCGUUUUUUUCUUCACGGCCUUCAGCUUUUUCCUCGAUGUCUUCACAGUCCGCAUAGGCUUGUGCGUCUCCGGUGAACCAUUCAAGAGAGGGGAUCGUUUGGACCAGCGCAACCACAGCAACAUAAAGACCGCUGAUGUGAACUUUUCACAUUCAGUGUCACCUACAUCACUCGCGAAGUGGAAUGGCACCGCCAACGAAAAUAACACAGUGUGUGUGGAUGACGAGGUGCUGUCAUAUGGUCAGACCAUGUACAUGAGUGGACUACUGCUUGGAUCUCUCUUUGGUGGAGCUCUCUCAGACCGGUAUGGGAAGCGCUUGGUUUUCCUGGUGUGUGUGUGUCUGCAUGCUGUAGGAGCCCUGCUGCCAGCUGCUCUUCCUCACGCCCUCCUCUACCUCACUGUCCGCUGCCUCACUGGAGUCGCCUGCUGUUGCAUCAAUAUUUGCUCCUUCAGCCUGGGUGUGGAGUGGAGUUUACCCAAGAGUCGCGUUUGGCCCCCGGCCCUCUUGUCUUUCUCCUUCAGUCUGGGAAUGAUGGCGUUGGCCCCCCUGGCAUACUGCUUGCGCUCCUGGGUGCAUCUCCACCUGGCUUUGGGCCUGCCCCAGCUGCUCUGCCUGCCGCUCUACAUCUGUAUACCUGAGUCUCCACGCUGGCUCCAACUGAGAGGAAAAACAGACAUUUUGGAAAAGUACAGAAGACACAGUUCAGAGGAUAAACUCUGUCUGGACCAGCUGCUGGACACGGCAUGGAGUAACCCACGGAAUCCUGAUGAGAAAGUGCACACACCUGAGACUGACACACACACACCUGAGACUGACACACACACACCUGAGACCGACACACACACACCUGAGACUGACACACACACACCUGAGACUGACACACACACAGCUGAGAUUGACACACACACACCUGAGACUGACACACACACAGCUGAGACUGACACACACACAGCUGCAGUACACACACCUGAGACUGUGUGCUCCUACCUCAGCAGUCGCACCAUCCUGCAGCGUCUGUGCAUCAUGAGUUACAUUGGCCUGGCAUCUGCCCUCACAUACUUUGGUAUCUGUAUGAACGUGGGCUCGUUCGGAGUGGACGUCUACCUCGCCCAGUUCUUCUCCGGCCUGUCAGAAACGCCCUGCAUGCUCGUCCCCUUCCUAUUGGCUCGUUGCGGACGGCGCCCGAUCAGCAUGCUCUCUCUGCUCCUCAGUGGCUUUGCCUGUCUGAUGUCUCUCCUGGUGUCCCACUUCUGUGAUAUCCCUGCACUCGUCAUGACUCUGGCCAUGGCGGGGAAGCUGUGCAUGCAGAUUACAGUGUUUGUUUCACUGCUCUACAGCAUCGAACUAUUCCCUACAGUCAUCAGACAGAAGUGUGUGGGGCUGGUGAAUUUGUGCUACCGUGUGGGAUGUAUUUUAAACACAGUUGUCAGUCCGAGAGGAGAGAUCCCAUUGGCUGCCAUGAUUGUGUAUGGGAGUGGUCCCAUCAUUGGGGCGGGCCUCUGCCUGUUGCUACCAGAGACCAGUGGCUUGCCGCUUCCUGAUUCAGUGGAAGAUUGUGACAGACAACCCAGCCUCCAGCUAUCCACACUGCUGUGGCUCCGGGCCUGUUGUAGGAGUUCUGUCCUGUUUGGAACAAAUCUAAUUCAGGUUGUCAGUAGCCACUGACACUUCCUGCACCUGCCGAGGUCUGUCAUCACCAUGGAAGCAGCUCUGACUGUGAGUCAGGCUGAGGGAGAACAGAGGUUCAUUCUGGGAGAUGUAGUCAGUGCGAUGAAAAGCAGAAAAAGUCCCUGGCUGUUAUGGUUGAGAUGACAAGGGUGGAGUCUAUCCAGGACGGCGUGUAAAACAGGAUUCAGAGCUGUGUUGAGGCUGUUCAUGCAUGACUAAAGGGUGUAUUUGACUUAGUCAGGGGAUCCCUUGGAAGUAUAUCAGAUAGCAACAGGGUAGGUCAGUGUGUGUGUGUCUUCUUCAGGCAGGAUCCUAGUUUAAGGUCUGUGAAGUCAUAAAUGAACGGUCCCAUUAGGCCGGGCUAUUUAAAGCAGCAUUGACACCUAACCCUGGAGAGCUGGAGAGCUCUUCAUUGUGCCAGCACACUCUGAUCCACUCACACAUCCCAGACAGCUGCUGUGUGUGUGUUUAUGUGCUGUGUGGGGGUUUGUCACAUUUCUUCUUCGUCUUCUGUGCGUGCGUGUGUCUGAGUGAGCGUGCAAGAGUCAAUGUGUCGGUUUGUGUGUCUGUGUUUGUGUGAGCGUGUCCGCGUGACGUGAGCAUGCAAAUAUGAAGGUCCCGUGGUACUGUAGUCAGCGUUGGAGCAUGUCAGGUCAGCACUUACUCCUCCCCUCUCUUCCCUUCUGCAUCCCCUCUGUCAUGCCUCCUUCCUUCCUCUUUCCUGUCUCCUUUCUCCUCUGUCCUGUCUCCUUCCUUCCUCCUUGCUAUCUCCUUUCUCCUCUGUCUUGCCUCCUUCCUGUACUGCCUCCUUCCUCUUUCCUGUCUCCUCUGUCCUGCCUCCUUCCUGUACUGCCUCCUUCCUCUUUCUUGUCUCCUUCCUUCCUCCUUCCUGUCUCCUACCUUCCUCUUUCCUGUCUCCUUCCUACCUCUUUCCUGUCUCCUUCCUGUCUCCUACCUUCCUCUUUCCU